AGCGGUAACCACGUAGUUGUAUGACAUUUUUACCACAGUACAAGAUAAACACCAGAAUAGUGUUAUAUCUCUCACACAAGUGACAAAAUCAUUGAAACUACAACUCCCGGAAGUAGUUAGUUAGCACAGCCACGGUAUCCGUCCAUGAAGCAUGGCAAGCUAGCAGCGACGAAAAGCUUAAGCGCCCUCUAUUGACACGGAGGCUCCACUUAGCGUACAGUAGACAGCUUUAAAACGUUUUUAGAAAGAGUAAAUUACAUAAUAAAUAAUAAUGCCAUUAUUGUUGUUGUUGUUAUUAUACAAAAAUAAUAUGAGAAUGACUGUGUGCGGUUAUCAGCGUCUUUAUGACGUCAGAGCGUCGAGUGCUCAAGUGGAAGGAAACCAGGUUCCAACCGAAAGGUGCACCUUCAGGACUACCCUGAGCACAGCUCAAGAAGAGGAAACGAGGCAAAGCGUUUCCAAUAGGCGCACAGUGGAUGAUCUGCAAGCAUUUGACAGCAAUCUAUCUGUACAAGGAUUAGAGGUUAGCCUUUAAUAAUGGAGUCUGCUGUAGACAAAGUAGAGACUACUUUCUGCAUCAAAGUAACUAUCAUUCGGGCAACUAACAUGCAUGGCAAAAAAGCAGGAAACCUCCAAAGUCUUGUUCGGGUGGAGAUGAAUGGUGCAGUUGUGGGAGAAUCUGAAAAGAAGCCAGUGGAUCCCACGGCCCUGUUCAUCCAGUAUGACUACACCUGUAGCUUUGUCUGCUGCAAUGAUGCCCUGCCUCUCAAUGACAUCGCCCACAAACCAGUCAUAGUGACUUUGAUUGAGCUUGUUCCUGAGAAGAAAAAAGCGGAGCCAAAAGCAGUCGUCCUUGGCCAGGCAGUAAUUGACCUGCUGCCAUUGUUGCAAGGCGAGUGUAGCUUCUCAUCCACGGUUGUGCUUCAUGCAAUUAAUGCCCCCCCAGAAAAGGGUUCAAUCCCGGGACUCAACUCCAAGUACCCCAUUCUGGACGUGUGUGUCAACGUGCCAGCUCCAUUACUCACAGAAGAAGACCUUUCAACUUCCAACCUGGUGAAGGUAGUUCUGGAGACUGCCUACUCGCUCCCUGAUACGUUCAAUCAGAGUGGUGGACCUGCAGCCCCCCCAUACAUAUGCACUGCUGCAAUGGAGUUCCCAUGUGCAGCAGAGAGAGAUCAGCUCUUGCUGUUCGCUGAAGGCCAAAUGAAGCCAGGUGGGCACAGGGAAGAAAAUGGCCGACAGAGAAAGAGGCCCCAUCACGCCCUCCUGGCUCCUGGGAACCAUUUCCUGCCAGGAGCUGUUUUCGAGAGCCAACCUAUUGAUCUUGAAGAUGGCGAGCUUUCUGGAUUAGAGGAUCGUGACUUUCGUAAUGAAGCAGAGACGUUGCUGAACCGAGUGAGCUGGGAUACAGAAAUGUCCUGUUUUCUGGAUGCAGGUGGAACUACCAGGCUGCGUCAGAAGAUCACUGAGAGCAGAUUGUGGCCACUUGAGAUCAUGAAGUCAUUGGUUCCCAACGAAAAGGCAGGCAUGACUUCCAAGAUGGGAACAGAGGAGGAACCGCAUAUACCCUCCCAUGGUGUAGCCUUUAUUGACAUGGGCCGUUUGCUGUAUCCAGGAAUUACCCAUAUCCGAGGAGCAUACCUUAUUCAUCCUUACUCAAGCACUUUACUACUUAACAAGGCCAAGCGCACCUUCAGUGUUUUAAAAGAGCUUUCCAAGCCUGGAAGCAACAAAGAACGUUGCGGCACAGCUUUAGGCUUUUCCAAGACAAAUACGGGAAAGCCCAAGGAUGCAAAAGGAAAUGGUAUUAAGGCGCCUGGCAGUGCCGGUUUGACAGAUUCGGACGUAAUUGAUCACAUCCCUUCAGACAGAAAAGCUUAUACGGAGUCCAGAUCAUACAUUUUAAUCGAAAUUUCCUUGACGAAACCACUGGUGUCCAUAACAUCAUCGGAGGAGCUGGCUAGAAGGGUGAAAGCACUGAUCCCCCCAAGGCCCAUACCUUCAACGGGACCCAACAGAGCUGAAAGAGCGGUGUUGAACUUCCACAAGCAGGUGGGCAAAGUGGUGAAGCAUAUUUCGGAGCAGUACGAGGAAUUGUUUGGAACAGGAUUCCAACCGCUCACUAACUGCAAUCAGGAUCAAAUGAUGGCUCAGCUGAUGGGAGCUCUCAACGUCUCUGGGAGAUAUUUUGCCUUUAAAGAAAAAAUGAAGCCCGCAGUGGUGAAGUUCGUGCGUGACAAGAUGCAGCAGACAGACUCGUUUACAGUGGACCAGGAUCUGCAUGAAUUUGUCAGCAAGUUGUAUGUGGACCUGGUGGAUGAGAUGCACGUUGCUCUCAACAAAAUUUAUUCGCAUGGUAUUGAGGAAGACCCCAUUAAUGAGAUCCAUUUGAGCAUUUCUCAUCUUAGACAUUUUGCUCGAGAGGCUCAGCUCAUGGGGGAUUAUCGUCUGGCCGUUCGCUACUACCAAGAGUUGGUUGUGAGGGAGCCCCGUGAGCCCUCCCACAAGUUUGAGUGGGGGGGGUUCUACAUGCAAAAUGGAGAAUACAUGAUGGCCAAAAUGUGUUUCCAUGAUGCCGUCGCUGUUCAGCAAGCACACCAGCCCAGUCUGAUGAUGUGCGGCGUCCUGGCAGCCAUGUUUAAUGAUUUUGAGCAAGCUGAAAUUUUCCUGGAGCGAGCCACCAGCAUAGAACCUCCCAGUUUGGUGGCCUGGACCUUGCUUGGUCUGGUCCAAGAGAGCCAGGACAAACACAUCCUGGCUGAAAGAGCUUUCCUGGAGGCUACAAGCUAUCUGAACGCAAAGGAAGCAAACCAUCUGACUGCAAAGGAAGAAAAUAAUGAAACUCACGAGGCAGAAAAUGCCGGUGUGGAUAUGUAUGUGGGUGUGGAUGUGGAUGAGGAAAGCGAAAAUCCAGUGGUCCAGGAAGAGAAAAAUCACAUUAUACCUCCAGACACGGAGACUGAUAACCAGGACACAGCAGAGCACACAGAGGCGGAAGAAAACAAUGUCCUGUCCAAAUCUAUUUACACUGAGACCCUUGAGUUUCUGCUGCACAACUAUGCCCUGCAGAUGGCAGAGCAUGCUCUUUCCAAGGAGCUGACUUCAGAGGGCGAUCACCGUUUUUAUUUGGCUCGUGUGGAGCUGCUCAGAGCUGACUACUCCAAAGCUGCUAUCACCAUCAGUGAGGCCCUGCUUGACGGAGAACCGUCUGCAGAUAUGUGGGCGCUAAAUGGCCACUGUCACUACCUGUGUGAGUCGUUCGCUGAGGCUCAGGGGAGUUAUGAACGCAGCCUGGACUUCCCACAGCAGCCGUCAGACACUCACCUCGUGCUUCUCCGCCUGGGAGGCGUUUAUCUCCAGAAGAAGAAGUUUGAGCAAGCUAAAAUGGCCUACCUGCAAGCUUGUGAAAAAUCUCCUUCCUGCCUUACCUGGUUGGGCCUUGGUAUCGCCUGUUACCAGCUGGGCGAGCUUUGUGUUGCUGAAGAAGCUUUGACGGAGGCCAACCAUUUGAACAAUCACAACGCGGAGGUGUGGGCCUAUUUGACUCUCAUCUGCCUCAAGUGUGACAGACAUGGGGAAGCAGAACUGUUCUACAAAUAUGCUAACAGGUACAACUUGGAGAACGCAGCGCUUCACAGGGAGGUAAAAGAGCUGCAGAAUCAGGCCCAGAUCCGUCCUCUGACGUCAUGCUUUCAACCAAAUUGAUGAUAAUAGAUUGUCCUUGAACCUAAGUAAAACUAAAAUCAUGCUGUUUGGUAACAGCAAAAAGGACACGUACCAGCAAAUACAAAUAGAUGAUUGAAAGGGUGAAGGUAAAUACAUUUCUGGGGAUCAAAAUAGAUGAAAAUAUGAGCUGGAAACCUCAUAUUACAAAUAUACAACAUAAGGUGGCCAGAAAUAUUUCAAUAUUGAACAAAGCAAAAUUUGUUCUCAAUCAGAAAUCACUCCACACUCUUUAUUGCUCUCUGGUUCUACCAUAUCUUACUUAUUGUGUGGAAAUAUGGGCUAAUAACCAUAAAAGCAAUCUUCACUCGCUAAAUGUACUGCAAAAAAGGCCAGUAAGGAUAAUUCAUAAUGCCGCCUACAGAGAACAUACUAACUCCUUAUUUCUAAAAUCACAAAUACUUCAACUUGCUGAUAUAGUUCAUCUUCAAACAGCUAAAAUAAUGCAUAAGGCUAAAAAUAAGCAAUUAGCUAAAAAUGUCAUCCAAUACUUCUCUACAAGAGAGGAGAAAUAUGAUCUCAGGGAAGAAGUACAUUUGAAACACUUGCUAGGACUACGUUAAAAAGCCUUCUUUUUAGCCUUCUUGUAAUUUGUUUAAAGUGUGAUUCAAAUGUUCUGCUACUAUUAAAGACUAGCCUGGUAUCUUGAUUGACAUAUUCAGUUCAUUUGGAGCUAGUAAUAUAUACAGUACACACACACAUAUAUAUAUAUACACACUGUGAUUGGCUGGCGACUAGUCCAGGGUGUACCCCACCAGGGUGUACCCCACCUCUCGCCUGAAGACAGCUGGGAUAGGCUCCAGCACCCCUGCAACCCUCGUGAGGAAAUGAAUGAAUGUAUAUAUAUUUAUAUAUAUAUAUGUGUGUGUGUGUGUGUGUGUGUAAUUCCUGUUGUUUCUCUGUCUUAAUUAAAUACAGUAAAAUUAUUCACAUAUUUCAGACAUAGUUGCGGGUGGUGAUUAAUCAUAAUUAAUUGUAAAAUGGAUUAAUCUGAUUAAAUGUUUUAAUCAUUUGACAGCCCUAGUUUUGUCUUAUAACAAGCUGUAUUAAACCACGAAACAGUGAUUUAUUUUUGUAUUUUUUUAAACGCCAUAGAGUGAACCACAAUGUACAAAGGGACGAGAGAUGUGUGAUGCUAUGGUUUUGUAGGUUAAAAUAAAGCUAUGUAAUUUGGAAAAAAAAAUCAGAAAUCUACUGAAAUCAAAUGCGGUUCAAUUAUUCCUAUGUGUGUUGAAACUCAAUAUAUUGUGGAAUGGUAAAAUGUGGCCCAUUUAGUCGAAUGUGCAUGUAGAUAUUCAAUAACCCACCAUGAUAGCAACUGUUUAAUAGAACAUUGCAGAGACACAGCAACAGUAGUAGUCUGAAAUGUAUUUAAAAAAAACAACAGAAAAACAUGCAGUGGGAAUUCAAAAAUAAAAAAAAGUCAUGUAGUGCCUGGAAAACACAUUCAAACUUCGCUUUAAGAAAUACAUAUUUUGGCACAUUUUACACAAGCAAAUGUAUCCAGUGUGAUCCUGUUACAUCCUAUAUACAACAUAUUGAUUGUUAACAAUGUAUGUACUCUAUUAUGAUUCCUGGGAAGACCGUAUCCACGUCUACCAGUUACUACAUCUACGUACUACACUCAACAAAAAACAUAAAUGCAACACUUGUUGCACAAAUGUACACACAAGUUACAUCGUUAUUCAUGUCCUGAAAACCAGUGCCAUGGCCACCAUUUGGCUCAAACACGUACACGCCGAUCCACAGCACGCUUAGUGUCUGUGCGUGGGGGCCAUGUGUGUGUUUCUUGCAAUUUUCCCAAUUUUUGCACGUAGUCAGCACAGGAGCAUGUACGUCGGACUGUAACUGCACAUUUUGGAGCCUUUUAUUGCGGCCAAUGUAAAGACAAUGCGGGACAGUUUGUGAACAAUAUUUGAAAGAGAUGGGCCUUACAUCUUUAAGCUCAGUUCAUGAAAAAUGGGAGCAAAAACAAAAGCUUUGUGUUUUUUUAUUUCAUUUUUUGUAUAUUUUUUAGAUUUGUUGGGUGUACAUGCUCUGUACCCUUAAAAGGGAUAAAUGACCCAAACCAGACCUCAUAAUGAAUCCACUUUAUUUGCCACGUUCCCAAUGUCAUGUUUGCUGUGGCAUCACUGGUCUGUUGAGAAAUGUUCAGGGUUUACUGUCUGACCCGUUCAAAGAUAUCUCGCAGCCACGGUGAAUCCUCAUAGAGGCGAGGGUCACCCAAAUACUCUGAGGUCCUCUUGUAGAGGUAGUAGUACAACACAGAAGCUGUUAACACACACACACACACAUGAAUGGACACAUAAAAAUACAGAACAAAGUUCUUUAAAUAGCUGAGGACUUGUUAGUGGUUUUAAGCAUCAAAUAUCACAGACGGUUGAAAAACAAUAAAGCAUAACAUGAAAUAAUGCGGGCUGAACGGUGGGUGAGUGGUUAGCGCACAACCCACAGAGCGAGGACACCUGAGUUCGAUUCGACCCCAUCAUCUCUGUGUGGAGUUUGCAUGUUCUCCCCGUGCAUGCGUGGGUUUUCUCCAGGUUUGGCCACUCCAAAUUGUCCAUAGGUAUGAAUGUGAGUGUGAAUGGUUGUUUGUCUAUAUGUGCCCUGGGAUUGGCUGGCCACCAGUCCAGGGUGUACCCCGCCUCUUGCCCCAAGACAGCUGGGAUAGGCUCCAGCACCCCCCGUGACCCUCGUGAGGAUAAGCAGUAGAAAAUGAAUGAAUAAAUGAAAAUGAAAUUGCAAAAUUCUUUUCAACUCAAAUUUCUCAAAUAUUUUGUAUUUAAAGGGGACCUAUUGUGCUCAUUUCUUGACCCUACACACAAUAACCCACACAGAAACCUUUGCACAAUCUGCACCUAUUCUAGCGGUAAUUCCUUUCAUUUGUGCUUCCUGACAAAAGUUCUGUGUUAAUUCAUUCUACCCACCCCCCUCAUCCAGGCUUGGUCACACCCCAAAGUGCUUCCUAAUUAUGAACCAUAUAAGGAAGUCCACCCCUCUGUGACAUCACAAAGGGGCAGUUUAACCACGCCUUUUGAAGCCGAGCAUUAUGUGCCAUCCCAAACUUCUCUAAGGGUUCACUUCCAAAUGCGCAAACCUCAUUAUCUGAAACUUUGGAAUCGUUUAACACGAAACCACAACAUUUUAACUACAUUUAUAGGUCAGAAAAGUGGAAACAGUAUAAUAGGUGUCACAAUCUACAUCUUUGUCUGUGUGACAGUUUUGUGUCUUGUCUGCCUUAGUUCCUGCUUUCAUGCUCUUAUUUUGUAUUAUUUCCUAUGUUGGUCUGCCCUGUGUUCAGUCACUUUUACUUUCUCUUCUACGCGCACCUGUUUGUAAUUUGUUGAUUGUAAUUAGUUCAGCCGGUGCGUCUUCCUUUUGUCGGGUCAUUGUCAUUUUUGAGUUGGUGAUGCGAGUGCGGUGUUCUGCUGCAUAGCAUCCAAUAAAUAUAUUUUUACCCGCAACUGGGUCGUCAUCUCUGCAUCCUGGGGUCGAACCGUAAAGCCCGCAAGCUGCAACGUGACAAUAGGUCCCCUUUAAAGGAAGUCAUUUGCAGCACAACCUGGGCCGCAGCGAUGAGUUGCUGUCCGCUCUGUGGUGCACUCUUUUCCAACAGAUAUCUGCAACUGUGUGUCGGAUGGAUGGCACAUUGUGUCCCCCCGGUCGAUGUCCUUCCCAUCCCACUCAAUCUCUGAGAGGUCAAAGGGAAAUUAAGUAUUUGAACACUUCCUGUUCAAAAAUGUCACUUCCUGUUUUCAGAGAAGGACACUCAUGGCAAGAUCUCUGAUUUUGCUACCGGAGUUUUGAACUUUUUGGGGAAAAUUCCUGACCAUCACUUGUUACAACUCUAGAAAAUAGUGUCGACAUCUCCGCCUUAAUGUGGACAAGCGAGGGGACUCUACUCACCAUAACAAACCAACAGUAAGGAGACGACACAACUGUUAUGACCACAAGGCUAGCUAGGAAGCGAGCCCGAGUUGUAUAAUAUCUUGGAAUGUUCUUGAAGAGACAACUACUGGUUAGAGACAACACUCGCUGUAAAAGACAGUUGUUAAACCAAGCUAAGGGGCUAAUCGACAGACGGUGUCGACAUAAGGACAUUAGACAUUAGCAAUCGCAACAAUUCAAAGGUCAAAAGAGAAAGAAAGAGGAUCUCCUCAGGAAUCUACUAGCAGGUUUUCUAGCUCUUUCAGCUGGAAUUGAAGCACUCCAGAUAUGGUUCUACAUAGCGGUGAAAGACGGUGCGUGUCUUAUAACAGCCCCGCCAUCAGGCAAUUUCAACGCCAGCUGGUGCAGAUGCAAAUGGCAGCAAAUAAGCAACAAGACACCCUGGAACAGAUACUAAUGAAACUACCGAGAUGACAUGGGACAGAGGCUGGAUCCUAUGGGACAGAGGCUGGACCCUAUGGGACAGAGGCUGGACCCUAUGGGACAGAGGCUGGACCCUAUGGGACAGAGGCUGGAUCCUAUGGGACAGAGGCUGGAUCCUAUGUGACAGAGGCUGGACCCUAUGGGACAGAGGCUGGAUCCUAUGGGACAGAGGCUGGACCCUAUGGGACAGAGGCUGGACCCUAUGGGACAGAGGCUGGAUCCUAUGGGACAGAGGCUGGAUCCUAUGGAACAGAGGCUGGAUCCUAUGGAACAGAGGCUGGAUCCUAUGGAACAGAGGCUGGACCCUAUGGGACAGAGGCUGGAUCCUAUGGGACAGAGGAUGGAUCCUAUGGGACAGAGGAUGGAUCCUAUGGGACAGAGGCUGGA